CGGUAGCUUCCUGUGUUUACCUCGCAAUAUGGCGGUGCAACUAUGACCUGAGAGGUUUAGAUAUUUUUAUGCAGCAACGCUACGCAGAUUUCACAUUGAACCAGUUGAACGAUCUACAAGCCCAUCAUGGCCACUCAUUUUGCUUGUCAGCCUACAGAACCUCUGGCUCAUAGAUACCCUCUGGUGCAGAAGGUGGAAAAAACACAUGGAGCUGUGUCCAGUUAUGAAGUUUUAAAUUUAGAAGAUAAAAUUUAUACAAGAUUUCCUCCGCCGGGUUGGGACACCUCACAGAGUUCUGAAGAAUCUAUCCCUCUCUGCCAGGCACCAGCGCCAUGGAACGGAAGGGGAAAUUUGAUUGGUCCUGAUCCAGCUCUUUGCGUCUCUCCUGACAAAAGUUCAUCCUUGCCAAAAGAAUUACACAAGAAACCAAUGUACCCCGUCCCAAAGCAACAUGAACAACAACAUUUGACUGGCCCAGAUCCAGACUUAUGUAUAACUCCAGAAAAAGAAUUAGGAGGGAUUCAAAGGAGUAAUUUAAAACAUGAUAGUGUGGAUUAUUUAAAAGCCAGAUGCCAGCAUAGGGUCAGAUUUGAGUUAGAAAACAGCCUUAGUGAUUCAGAUAAGGAAAAUAUGAAUGAAAGUAUAGGAAAAACCAGUGGAUCUGGCAAAACGUAUAGACCGUCAGUUUACAGUGAAAGUGAUGCAAUUGGUAGCAGUGUUUCAAACGUAACUCAUGACUCUUCUGGUAAACCUAAACAAUAUUCCAUUAGACAGGAGAAUCAACAGACUGUCUAUGUGCCGAUAUCAACAAACUCAGAAAAAUUGCCUCUAACAGAUAAAAGCUCUGACACUCAAUAUUCUGUCUUACCAAUGGUUUUACCUGAAGGAGAUGAUUGUAUUGGUAAAGAAAUUGUUGUGAAAACAUCUAAACCAGCAAAAAAGAAUUCAAAAAAUAUUUUAAGUGAAAAUUCCAAACCAACAUUAGCUAGUACUAGUCAAAAUUCAAAACAGACUGUCAUCGUUCCAGAGGCUAAAACUAUUACUUCAUUACCUAAGAGGAAAGUACGGGUAACGAGAGAAUCCAAAGAUGAUCUGAUGUCGAAUGAAUACAAGUUUCCAUUUUCUGAAGAAAGUGAGGCAGUUUCGGAGUAUGAGCAUGUUUUUACAAGACCAGAGUAUAACAGUACUCUGAGAAUGAGAACAGAAUUGGAACAUAUCCGCGCAAGUGAGGUAGAUGUUCGGCGGGCGCUCGAACGUAAGCUCAAGACAUCAAACAAGAAACAGACGGAAAUCAGGGAAAAGGCCGCAUCUCGGGUGAAUCAAGUUGAGGAGGAGUUUGCAGGUCUUGUAUCUCUACACAUUCCUGUAGACAACCUGUGCUCUCAAGCAGAGAAGGAUAGGACAAGCAGAGUUAAGGCGAGUCCAGCCUUCAAACCACAGGUAUGCAAGGACAGAAAGGAACCCGAUCUGAUGGAGCUCUUCAUUCCCGAUCUCCAAAAGCAGUAUCCAGAGUUAUCUGUCCCUGGUUUGGCAGUACCAACAGAAUCGUUGUCGACAGCAUCGCAACACAGUGCUUUUGAUCUAUACCGACACAAUAGGGUUUGGGAUAGGACCAGUAACUUUAGAGGAGGCAGCAAGUAAUCGACAUCUGACAAUUCUUACGGCCUUAUUUGUGUCCCGACUAAUGGUCAACUACCGUGAAGUGCGUUAUAUUAAAUGGUAUUAACAUUAAACCUAUAUCGUUUUCGAGAACGUCUACUUUUAGCUAUAGGAAAACUACGAAAAGUAGAUACAGGUACAUUGAAAAUUAAAACUAAUAAAAAAAAAAAAAAUCGGCAUUAAUUUUCAUAUUUUAUAUGAAAUCUAUAAUACUUGCUUUUUUGAAACCCUUAAAAAUGCCAAAACUUAAAAGCAUAGAAAAAAUCCAUUUUUCCUCUGAAAGUGAGUUUUUCUGAUGGUAUGAAAUGCCAAAUGUCAAUGUAUUUUCAGGAAGCUUUAUAAAUACAUGAAAUCAAAGUGAGGUGUAUAAAUGUAUAUACAACGUGUAUAUAGUAUUUGGUCACAUCGUAAUUUUACUACUAUGUAUAUUUCAUGCAUUAUGACAAAAUUGUCGUCAUUCCGUCCAAGCUUCGGCCAAGAAUACAGCAAAGAGUGUAGGAAAUGUGAAUUUAACAAUGGAACUGCAGUUGUAUUUAUAGUCAUUUCAGGUGGUAGAGCUUUACAAGAUGUCUGCCUCGAAAGCUUUGUCAUUUAUGCCAUUGUAAAUUCCAUACCUUACCAUAUUUAUGUGAAGGAUAUAAGCCUCGAAAAUAAUUCUGUGUAUUUAUUUUCACAUUUAUUUCUAUUACUGAUCUAUGUUUCCCAUUGUAUAGAAAAAUUCGGUGCUCGUCCUAAAGCUUACAUUUAGCUGACCAAUACGUUACCUGUAGCCAUCAAGCAAGGGCCGGUUUUUUUAUGCGGACAAACCAGUUUGUCAGUUUUUAAAUCUAAUAUUUCAUACAUGUAUCUUGACAGACCUGCAAAUGUUAAUACAGGCCUUGGAAGUCUUUUCCAAGGCUCGUCUGAAAACAAUAUAAAAUCGCCAGAUUCGUCUUUAUUUCAUAACACCGAACUAACUGGACUAGAUUUAACUGGACUAACCUUUUGGACCGCAAAAAUGAAAAAGGCCCAAGUUACCUGUAGGUGUCCGCCUGGAAUGUUACACUAUUAUCUCCUUAACACUUUACGGAUAACUGAACAACAGAUUGUAUCUUUAGGAAGGAAUUUUACACAUUGUUAUAUCCUUAAGCUUAACGCUUCGUUGAUGACUCAACCAUACAUUGGUCAAAGUUAUUUCUUAAAAAAAAAAAUCAAAAUUGUUUUCUGUAUCUUCCACCACAAGAUAACACCUGUCAAAAUGAUGUUGUUUAUUUUGCAGUUAAGUGUUAAAUACUUUUAUUUUCAUGGUCUUUUCAUUCAGUCCUCACCAGAAUUCUUCUAAAUGUAAUAUUUUCAUGGUCUUUUCAUUCAAUUCUCGCCAGAAUUCUUCUGAAUGUAAUAUUUUCAUGGUCUUUUCAUUCAGUCCUCACCAGAAUUCUUCUGAAUGUAAUAUUUUCAUGGUCUUUUCAUUCAAUCCUCGCCAGCAUUCUUCUGAAUGUAAAAUUUUCAUGGUCUUUUCAUUCAAUCCUCGCCAGAAUUCUUCUGAAUGUAAUAUUUUCAUGGUCUUUUCAUUCAAUCCUCACCAGAAUUCUUCUGAAUGAAAUAUUUUCAUGGUCUUUUCAUUCAAUUCUCGCCAGAAUUCUUCUGAAUGUAAUAUUUUCAUGGUCUUUUCAUUCAAUCCUCACCAGAAUUCUUCUGAAUGAAAUAUUUUCAUGGUCUUUUCAUUCAAUCCUCGCCAGAAUUCUUCUGAAUGAAAUGCAUUUGUGUUACUGUUGAUUUGGCUAGUCAAAGACUGCAACAACUCGCGCUCUAUAUGAUUAGAUAACUGUAGAAGAUAUCUACUCGGUUGAACUGUAUUAUAUAUCAGCAACUUAAGUUAUGAAUAGAGAGAAGUAGAAAGUAUUCAAAAUGUAUAUUUGUGUAUGGACUAAAAUGAUAUUAAAAUUAUAUUUAUAUUUCA